AUGAAGGAGCAGCGAAAAACACCCACACCAUUGAAACCAAAAACGGCGCGACGCUUACUCCCUCCGACUCCGUCUCUUACUCCCUCCAUUUCAUACCUCCACGAAGUCUGCCAACCACCAUCACAAUCAUGCGAACAGACGACACCACCACCACCACGAGUCCACGAGUCUUCCGUCUUCGAUUCUGAAUUGAUUAUAAAUGUUAUUGAUAUUAUGGAUGAUGCUAUCACAUUCUUCAGAGCCAAUGUAUUCUUCAGAAACUUUGACAUCAAGAGUCCUACUGAUAAGCUUCUAAUAUACUUGACUUUUUACAUUAAUGUUGCUCUCAAGAGACUUGAAGGUUGUAGAACUUUGGCUGAAGGAACCAAAGCGGUUAUUAACUUGGGUCUUGAAAAUGUUCCUGUACCUGGAGAGCCUGGUUUUCAUUUUCCGGGUCUUUUUGUCAUUCCUCCGUCAAAUAAAGAAGCAGGUUAA